CCGUCUACUCGUGAUUGGCCCGGGUGUUAAAACAAAACAAACGUCAUAAAAUUUGCGCCGAUUAAAAACAAAAUUUCCCAACUUACUACCUCAAAGACCUCAAGUUGCGAAAACAACCAAAUCCAACGAAAUCACGUCAGAUCUUGCGCCUGCCAGGUCACACUUUGCGUAGAUCGCCGCAGGAUUACUUUAUAAUUACCCGCGUAAGGCAAACGCAAAGUCUCAGAAUGUCCGAACCAGGCCCGGAAUCGAUCCCUACGAGCGCGGAUCCGCGUAGCAAGCGGCCCGUCAAACGUCGUGCUGUCACAGCGCAGUCGGAGCAAGCUUCUCAGAUUCAGUCUCUCUUUCGCGACCCCGCGAAGGAGAUCAAGCUCCCCGAUUCUUCCAAGCAGCGCUCAUCAGCGUCAUUGCCUCCUCCACCGGAAAUCGUGGCGAAUGUUCAAGGUUCUUCUGCUGGUGCCGGUUCCGGAGAAUUCCACGUUUAUAAGGCCAGUCGCAGGAGGGAAUAUGAGCGCUUACGCAUGAUGGAAAGCGAGGUCAGUAAGGAGAAGGAAGACAAAGAUUGGGAGAAAGAACGCGAGGAGGCAAGGCGGAAGGAUGAAGAAAAGACGGAAAAGAACCGGAAAAGAAGGGAAAAGAGGAAUGCGGCAAAGAAUAAAAAGAAAGGCGCUGGUAGCAAUGGUAAGGGGCCUGACAACAUGGCUGUUGAUGGGCCGACGAAAAGGGCACUCGACGGGAAUAAGGACGAAGAUCAAAACUGGCCAGUAGAUGCCGUCGAACAUGCGGAAACACCAGGAGUGAUAAUCCAUGAAGACUGAGACUACGGUUGCCAACAGAAACUGUGGGCAGGAUAUUACGAGAUCGCUGUCACUUUGGAGUGUACGAUAUAAAGAUACCCGUGUAAUUUUUAGUCUAGGAUAUUCGUACAAUAUCAA